AUGAGUUUUAGGGGUAACCUAAGAGGAGGCCGUGGAGGUAUGCGUGGAGGCCGUGGUAACGGACGUCCUAACGGUCGUUUUGUUCCACAAGGUCCUCCUGACACUGUGCUAGAAAUGGGACAAUUUAUGCAUCCUUGUGAAGGUGAUAUUGUUUGCAAGUCGAUCAAUACCAAAAUUCCCUACUUUAAUGCGCCCAUGUAUUUGGAGAACAAGACUCAAGUCGGUAAAGUCGAUGAAAUUUUGGGUCCAUUAAACGAAGUGUACUUCACCAUUAAAUGUACUGAAGGUGUGCACGCAACCAGUUUCAAAGAUGGUGAUAAAUUUUACAUUGGUUCUGAUAAACUUUUACCCAUCGAAAGAUUUUUACCAAAGCCUAAGGUUGCAGGACCACCAAAGCCAAGGAAGAAGAAAGCUCCAAUGAGAGGUGGUCCUUCAUUCGGCCGUGGUGGCUCUUCAUUCGGCCGUGGUGGCUCUUCAUUCGGCCGUGGUGGUCCCUCAGGCGGUCGCGGUGGAUUCGGAGCUAGAGGCUCUUCUCGUGGUGGUUUUAGAGGUGGUGGUCGCGGUGCUAGCCGUGGCGGUUUUGGCAGAGGUCGUGGUGGUAAAAGAUUUUAG